AUGGCACCAACAGCUCUUGUUACACCUCCAAACUACGCUAAUAUCAAGGUGAUAGCUUCUGAUAUGGAUGGUACUCUUGUCUCUGGUUAUUACGAUAGUGAUCGUUUGACAGACCGUACCAUUGCAGUUCUACGAGCUGCUGAGAAAAAAGGCAUUCGUAUCAUUAUGGCUUCAGGUCGUCCCAUCCGGUCUUUCAUUCCUAUUAUCAAGCAGGCCCAAUUAGAAAAUCCUAUGAUUGUAGGUUGCAAUGGUGGCAUGGUUAUGGACAGUAAAACAAUGCAAAUUGUUCGAAAAUACUCCAUCGAAACGGAAGCCGUACGAGCUCUGAUCAAAGAAGUGAAAAAUCAUUUUGGAGAUGAUAUCUUGAUCGGUGGUGAAAGUGGAGCUAGUUUCCGCUGUGAAGAAGCUUAUGCUCAAAAGCGUUGGGAUUGGAUUGGCGAUAUUUAUGAACGUGUUGAUGACCUUCAUUAUUUAGCAGAUGAGGAACACACAAUUGAAAAACUUAUGCUGCUACAUCGUGAAUGGACUGCUGACGUUCUCUAUGAAUAUCUUUUAAAAAAUGUCUUAACAGACCCCAAGUGGAAGACAAUGAUUAACCCCACUUUCUCCAGUCCUUUCUUCGUUGAGGUUUCUGCAGUAGGCAUUUGCAAAGCUACUGCCGUUAAAGAUAUAUGUGAGAAGCUCAAUGUAAAAUCAGAAGAAGUCAUUGCAUUCGGUGAUAUGCCCAAUGAUAUCGAGAUGUUACAAUUUGCUGGUACUGCUGUGGCUAUGGGUAAUGCUCAUCAAUCCGUCAAGGAAAUUGCUGAUUUUGUCACUCUCAGCAAUAAUGAAGAAGGUGUCGCUGUCGUUUUAGAGGAGGUUGUUAAACAAAUUUAA